AUGAACCCUCCUCGGAAGGCGGGCCCCGUCUCCCCUAGUCGCGAACCUCGACCCAAACGCCUGAAGAUUGACGUGGCCUGCGAGACCUGUCGUGCCAAGAAAGUCAAGUGUGAUGGCGUGCGGCCCUCUUGCGGCUAUUGCUCCAGGAAGCUCAGCCUUCGUGACAACUGCCGAUACAGCAACGAUGCGAACUCUGAGGCGGACCCGAAAAAGGGUACCCCCAGACGCGACAGCCACCUCCUGCAGCCGCCGUCAAGCGGAUCGACCACCCCCGGGAGUCGAGCCGGAGCGGACCCCAGGGAGGCUAGACCCCGUCCGCGUCCCGGCCCCGCCGCCAUCACCACUAGCCCCUCUGUCAUUGACUCGAUGACGGCCGUCGUUGACGAGGGCACCAGCACCCGCGAAUUCUUCGGCAGCAGUAGCGCCGGCUCCUUCACCGCACAGAUCAAAAGGGCGAUCGACGCCCGCCUGGGCAAGGCCAACGCGGGGCCCUCUCACAGCGCUGGAACCAGACGUACAAUGCCAUCUUUUGCCGGUGGCGCCAUUGACGCCGAUGAGCGCAUAUUCAUGGCCUCGCUCAACGUCAUCUUUGCCCUCUCCACACAGCUCCUCGAGGCCUCGACGCCGGAACAGAGGGAAGAGCAGAGCUCCGUUUACUUCCAGCGAGCCCAGGCCCUCCUGCCGAUGAACCCCUGGGAUGCGGGGUCCAUCGACCUUGUCCAGUGUUUACUCCUCACGAGCCAGUACCUGCAGAGCACUGAUCACCCGCACCAGACCUGGAUGGUCGUCGGAUCGGCCAUCCGGACGGCACAGGGUCUCGGCCUGCAUCUGCCCGAGACGUCUGGCGAUCGGACGGAGCUGGAGGAGCGAGAGCUCCUGCGGCGCAUUUGGUAUGGCUGCGUGCUGAUGGACCGCAUGGUCUCUGUGACCCACGGCCGGCCUGCCAUGAUCUCUGGUCAUCUAGCCACAACUGUGCCUCUGCCCAUGUCCUCUGCAUCGUCUGCCAAUGGAACAGAGGCUGCUUUGAGUGGUGGGGCAGUACAUGCCGCCUUCUUCGUGAAGUCGGUCCAGCUCUACGAGAUUAUUCAUCGCACCAUCAUUGCCUUCUACGGAGGGACUGUCGGAUGCUCCAAAAGCAAAGAGUCCCAGGGCUCAGACUCUGGGAGCUCCGAUGGUGACGACGACGACUUCGACAGGGUCGUUCAGCUGGACAGGUCACUGAGCAAGUGGGAGCAGUGUCUGCCAGUGCACCUGAGAUGGACUUCGCUGGAGCACACGGCCGACGAGGUCUCGCGGCGGCAAACUGUCAUUCUGCGCAUGCGCUUCUUGCAUGCUCGAAUCCUCCUCCUUCGACCUGUCUUGUCACGCUUCUGUCUCGCCCCGCCGACGCCUGCCAUCACAUUCGGCCUCACCGAUAGCCUGCAAGCACGCGUCGUCGAACAAGGCGCUCUCUUUUGCGUGUCGACUGCCCAGAACAUGAUUGCCGUGCUGCUGGAGCAUCAGACCUCGGACAACACCAUCGGCUUGCUGCCCGCCUGGUGGUACCGGGUCUACUACGUGUACUCGGCUGCGACGGUGCUGAUUGCCGCCAAGCUACGACCUGAGAUCUUCCCCGCCGUCGAAAUCGGGCGCUCCUGGAGUCAGGCCAUGGCGGUGCUCAAGUCGCACGAGCGUUUCGGUCAGUCAGCGCGAAGAUGUGUUGCUGCUCUACACAUUCUGUCAUCCAAAAUGCUCGAGGCAGCACCGGGUGCUGCAAACUCGAGCCUGGGCAGCCGGGGGCGGAGUCUGGCGGAAGGCGAGACGGGCGUGCAUCCCGAUUUCGACGCUUCUACCCAGCCCAUCCCCCACAUUCAGCAGCAACUGGUCGAUGAGUUCGCACCGCCGUUAGCAGAUCUCGGCGAGCUCGAUCUAACCGAAUUCAAUUUCGACGUGAAUGAUCUUUCAUGGCUCAACGACAUGCACGCCACAUGGGAGUUUCUCAACGAGUGA